CGCGGCCAUGGUAACAGCACCGUCUAACGGACUACUGCAGACAACAACAGAAACAAGUGCUUCUCUUUGAGACAGUUCCAGCACAGAGACAUUGUCCUCCAUUUAAGAUGAACCUGGCAGAGAUCUGUGACAACGCUAAGAAGGGCAGAGAGUAUGCUCUGCUGGGAAACUAUGACUCCUCUAUGGUCUACUACCAGGGAGUGAUCCAGCAGAUACAUAAACACGGCCAAGCCCUCAGAGACCCUGCACUCAAAGUCAAGUGGCAACAGGUGAGACAGGAGUUGUUGGAGGAGUAUGAGCAGGUGAAAGGCAUUGUGGGUACUCUGGAGAGUUUUAAGGUGGACAAGCCAGCUGACUUCCCCGUCCCUCAGUCUGAGGAGGGGCCCAGAGACCCUGCAGUGUGGCCCCCACCCACCCCUGCAGAGCACAGGGCCCCUACUGCAGUGAAGCGUCCUAACAGUGGGGUGAAACCCCAGCAGAGGAAGGACUCUCCAGGUAUGCAGCCCAGAGGGGCUCCGGGAGGGAGGGGCCAGACCAACCCUAAAACAGACCGCCCCGCCCCCAGGGACGCCCCCCGAGGCACCAAGGUCAGAGACGACAAGGGUAAAAAGGCUGUAGCAGAGGGAGCAGGGGAUGGAGAGCUGAAGAAGUUUGAUGGUUCGGGGUACGACAGUGACUUAGUGGAGGCACUGGAGAGGGACAUCGUCUCCCGCAACCCCAACAUACACUGGGGGGACAUUGCUGACCUGGAGGAUGCUAAGAAGCUGUUGAGAGAAGCGGUGGUUCUGCCCAUGUGGAUGCCAGACUUCUUCAAGGGUAUACGCCGACCCUGGAAGGGUGUGUUGAUGGUGGGCCCACCAGGGACAGGGAAGACCAUGCUGGCUAAAGCCGUGGCUACAGAGUGUGGCACCACCUUCUUCAACGUGUCCUCCUCCACACUCACCUCCAAAUACAGAGGAGAGUCUGAGAAACUGGUUCGCCUGCUCUUUGAGAUGGCGAGGUUCUAUGCCCCGACCACCAUCUUCAUAGAUGAGAUAGACUCCAUUUGUGGGAGUCGAGGGAAGUCGGAUGAACACGAAGCCAGCCGCAGAGUCAAGUCAGAAAUACUGGUACAGAUGGACGGUGUGGGGGGAGCUUCAGAGAAUGACGAUCCCUCUAAGAUGGUGAUGGUUCUGGCUGCUACUAACUUCCCCUGGGACAUCGACGAGGCACUACGGAGACGACUGGAGAAGAGAAUCUACAUCCCACUGCCUACAGCUGUGGGUCGUGCUGAACUGCUGGGGAUCAGUCUAAAGGAGGUGGAUGUGGCUGAUGAUGUGGACCUGGCUCUCAUCGCUGACAAGAUAGACGGAUACUCUGGAGCUGACAUCACCAACGUCUGCAGAGAUGCAUCUAUGAUGGCUAUGCGUCGGCGUAUCCAGGGCCUCUCUCCAGAGGAGAUCAGAGCUCUGUCUAAAGAAGAGCUUCAGAUGCCUGUCACCAUGGACGACUUCACAAUCACCUUGAAGAAGAUCUCCAAGUCUGUCUCCGCUGCCGACUUGGAGAAGUACCAGGCCUGGAUGGACGAGUUUGGAUCUGUCUAGAGAGAGGACACAGCACCAGGAGUGGAAGAAAGGACUGUAAGAGCAGAGUGGGAGAGGACCAGUGGGGA